AUGUCCGACAACGAAAGCGAGCCGUCUUUCCAGGAGGACGGCAGGGUGAAGUUUAUCGGGGAGAAAGUCUGCCGGGCACUGCGACUGCAGCGCCAGACAUGGGAGAGGAGCUGUGCGGGCGAGGAGGUACAGGCAGCUCUGAAGGAGUUUUUCCUCAAGAUGAGGAUUUUGUUCUUCACGCCAUCAUCAAGCGGGGGUCUCGUUGUUUCCAGAGAGGGCUCACCUGCUGCCCACUUCAAGGGAGUCUAUGUCCUCAAGAAGAGAGCCGCUCCCCUCAGCUCUGAAAACUGCCACGGCCUCCUGCUUUUUGGCCUGAUGUCUCCGUCACCUCUGCCCCAGCUGUCAAACACAUUCGAACAGGUGUAUGUGCCACUGCUUUCAAACAAGAAAAACCACGAGCUGUGGCCAAAUAUCAUGUCCGAGGACAUUAUUCGACAUGUUGAGAACAUGAGGACUAAGGCGUCUGUUGUUCAGGAUCAGAUUAUUGGGAAAAUUGUCCUUCCUCUUCCAACGGCAACAGUUCCAAUGGAGACGUCUUACAGUGUCACCAAAUUGUACGAUAGCUAUGACAGGACAGUGGUGCACACCAUCGAGUCGCUGGUCAUCAGUUGGACAAGUCUCAUUCAGAAGGUUUUGAAGGAGGACUCUGCAGAACUUCUGCUGAAGGGCUUUAACCCGGGGCCUGCUGUAGAACUGAACUUUUGGGCCACCAGGAGGAAUAACAUAGAAAACAUCUAUCAACAGCUUGAGAGUCCCGCUGUGAAGAAGAUGAUGAGGAUUUUAGAGAUGGUGGAAAGCAGCUAUUACCCCACAAUCAAAGCUUUGAUUGGGAAUGUAUUUGAUGCCCUUCAAGAGGCCCGGGAUAUUGAGCUCUACCUUUGUCCGCUGCAAACACACCUGUCUCGACUGGAAAAGGAAGAAUUUCCACAGGCUGAGCUGCUCUUCCCCACCCUCUUCCACCUGCUCUACCUCCUCUGGACCCACUGCCUGUCCUACAGAAGACCACCUCGCAUUGUGGUGUUGCUACAAGAACUUUGCAAUCUGCUUAUUCAACAGGCCACAGAUUACCUCUCUGCAGCUCAGCUGCUCGGGGAAGACACAGAAGAAGGUCUACAGAGAAUAAAGAAGGUGGUUCGAGUCUUGGAGUCUUUCAGGGAGGGUUACCAGAGCCAGAGGCAGAAGUUGUCCAGCACAGAUGCAUCAUGGGAUUUUCCUUCUGCCUUGGUGUUCACACGUUUCGACCAGUUCCUGAAUCGUGUCGUGCAGAUUGAGGACUUGUUUCAAAUCAUGCUGGACUUUCAAAGGCUGCAAAAACUGGAGUUUGGGGGAUUCAGAGGAAAAAUCUACAGCGAGCAGGCCGCUCAGAUGUGUAGAGAGUUCCAUGACCUCUGUCGGGUCAUAAAGCACAGCCAAUACAACCCGCUUGACGACAAUUCUCAGGAUUUUGAAAAAGACUACAAGGAUUUCAAAAUGAAGAUUUUUGACUUUGAAUGCCAUCUGGCCACGAUCCUCUGCUUGGCCUUUAAGGAUUGUUCGGGGCUGGAAUCAGCAUUUAAACUGUUGGUUAUGUUUGGACCCUUCCUGGAGAGGAGACAAAUCAGGCAGAUUUUCAGUCCUAACCUUCUGGUCCUUCAGCACCGUUUCAGAGAAGAACUGGAGAGAUGCAAUCACCUGUAUAAAUUGCAUCUCAGUCAGAUAGAGACCGGCCUGGUUAAGAACAUGCCUCACACAUCUGGAGCAUUGAAGUGGACAAAAAUGCUUCGGGAACGAAUUCAGACGCAGUGGGAACAUUUGAGAAUUCUGUUUGACACGUACAUGGAAGGUGCAGAGAUGGUGCAGGAGUACCCGGUGUAUGUGGAGAUGUUGACUCUGUUGGACCAGUACGAGGGCAGCGUUUAUUCUGACUGGUGUAAUGGGCUGGACCACGUCUGCCAACUAAACCUGAACCAGCCUGUAAUCUCAAGAGACACUUCCUCUGGUCUGAUCUCUGUCAACUUCAGUGCAAAGCUGAUCGAAGUCUUAAGAGAUGUCAAGUACAUUCAGACCCUGAGUCACAUCAGCAUCCCCCCAGCUGCCACCACUGUGAUUCAAAGGAAAGACAUGUUCUUAAAGUAUGUGAGCACUCUGCAGGUUCUGGUGCAAUGCUACAACAAGGUGAAGCAGACGGUGAUAGAGGUGGAAAUUCCUCUCAUCAGAGCCGAGCUAGCAGCCAUAGAUCUGCAGCUGAAGAGGGCAGAAAUGAACCUGACGUGGCAGGACCAGGACUGCUGGGAUUUCAUCAGAACCACCAAAGACCUCAUCCACAACCUGGGGUGCCGGGUCCAGAGGACCAAGGACAACUGUGAAGCUGUUCAGUUGCUGAUAAAAGGAUGGGGCAAACAGGCCAUGUUUUGCAGGAAGGACAACAAGAGAGGUGCACUCCUACUUCUGGAAGACAGGGGUGACCGUGUCAACAAGAAGAAUAGCUCCAUGAAGAGAGAUGGGGAUUGUAUUCACAAGCUGGUGCAGGAGAACAUGGCCCUUUUCCACGCCGACUCUGCUUCAGAGGCAUGGCGGUCUUAUCAGGAGUAUAUGGAUGACAUGGUGGUGGAGGGACUCUUCAGCUCAGUCAGCAGCUCACUGGCGUUUUUUGUGGAGAACAUGGAACCAUGGCCAGGCCAGGCUCCCCUGUUUGAGGCUCAGUUACUUCUGAGCGACUCGGCGAUGAUGUUUGAACCCUCUAUGGAUCGAGAUGCAGCAGACGGGUUUUAUGAGCUGGUUGAGGGCCUGGUGGCAGACAUGUUCAAAAUAUCAACCAACGUGAAUAGGCUGGCUGCUCACCUGAACAUGGAGAGCUAUCAGGAUGUGAUGGAUGACAUGCUGGACCUGAUGGACCUGCGGCAGGAGAUUAUGGCACGAGUGGAGAAUGUCCUGAAGAAAGUUCUAGAUUACCAGAGAACAUUUGACUGCUACAGCCACCUGUGGCUAGAUGACAGGACUGAGUUUCUCAGAUACUUCCUUCUGUAUGGACACAUGCUACCUGAAGAGGACAGAGAGACCGACGGAGAGAGCACAUUCCCCAAGAACCCACCCACAAUCAGUCAGUUCAAAGAACAGUUGGAUAACUGUGAGGACCUGUAUGCUAAAAUAACCAAGCUAGAAGACUUCCGAGUUUUUGAUGGAUGGUUCAGACUGGACAUCAAGUCCUUCAAAAUGAGUCUUCUCAACAUCAUUAAGAAGUGGAGUUGGCUGUUCAAGGAGCAUCUCAUGGCACAUGUCACAGACAGUCUCGAUGACCUGAAGGAGUUUUUACAAGUCACAGCUGAGGGGCUUGGCCAGCCCGUGUCAGAGGGAGACCACCGUGGCUUGGUGAAGGUUAUGAGUCACCUGCUGGCAGUCAGGGACAGACAGACAGCCAUAGACAACAUGUUUGAACCUCUGAAGGACACCAUCGCCCUGCUGGAGAGAUAUGGAGAGACCAUACCAGAUCAGGUCUACUCUCAGCUGGAGGAACUGCCGGAAAAAUGGAGUUGUACGCAGAAGCUGGUCUUGCUGAUCAGGCACGAGGUGGCGCCCAUGCAAAAUGCAGAAGUCAUGGUGUUACGUCGACAAUGUAUGGCAUUUGAGGUGAAACAAAGCAAAUUCAGGGGGAGGUUCAGAUCGGAGGCGCCCUUCAGUCACAACGCUGUGCACCCCUACAUCAGUCUGGAGAAAUUUGAAAAAGAGAUCAGAAAACUAGAGGAAGAGAUACUUGAACUACAGGAGUCCACAAAUCUGUUUGAGGUUUCUAUCCCUGAUUACCGAGAGAUCAAACUCUGCCGACGAGAGAUUGUCAUCCUCAAAGAACUCUGGGACAUUGUCGUAUUUGUCCAAAGCAGCAUGGAGGACUGGACGAAGACCAAAUGGAGGCAGAUAAACGUGGACCAGAUGGAUGCGGUAUUGAGGGGCUUCGCUAAGGACAUGCGGAAACUUGACAAGGAGGCCCGUGUGUGGGACGUGUAUUGUGGGUUGGACCUCUAUGUGAAAAACCUGUUGACGUCACUGCGGGUUGUCAGCGAGCUUCAGAACCCGGCCAUACGGGACCGUCACUGGGCUCAGCUGAUCAGAACCACUAAGAUGGAAUUCACAAUGACUGAUGAUACUACGAUGGAGGACCUUCUGGCUCUGCAGCUCUAUUUGUAUGAAGAGGAAGUUCACACCAUAGUGGAUAAGGCCGUCAAAGAGAUGGCCAUAGAGAAGAUCAUAACAGAGAUAAGUCAAAUAUGGGCGUCAAUGGAGUUUUCCCUUGACUACAGAGCCUCUGUCCCCCUGCUGAAAUGUGAUGAGCGUCUCAUUGAGACUCUUGAGGACCAUCAGGUUCAGCUGCAGGGCGUCUGUCAAAGCAAGCACGUGCAUCACUUCCUGUGCCAGGUGUCGGCGUUGCAGAAACGGCUGACGGUAGCGGACUCUGUGCUCAUGGCCUGGAUGGAUGUCCAGCGGACUUGGGCCUACCUGGAAAACAUCUUCAUCGGCUGUGAUGACAUCUGCCAUCAGCUGCCUGCAGAAACGCACAAAUUUCACGCCAUAAACUCUGACUUUCAGGAGUUAAUGCUAGACAGCGCUGAGACUAAAAAUGUCAUCGAGGCCACCAACAAACCACAUCUAUAUGAGAAACUAGAGGAUCUACAAAAAAGGUUGGCUUUAUGUGAAAAAGCUCUGGCUGAAUACCUGGAGACAAAGAGACUCGCCUUUCCACGCUUCUACUUCAUUUCCUCUGCAGACUUACUGGAUAUCCUCUCCAAGGGCAGUCGUCCCAAAGAAAUAACAUGUCACCUUUCAAAAUUAUUUGACAACAUGUCAGAUCUUGAGUUUUUCGAGAACAAGCAGGUGGAUGUUUGUAAGGUCGCAGUGGGGAUGUACAGCAAAGAGAGGGAAUAUGUCCCGUUCCAGAAGCAGUGUUGCUGUGAUGGGCCGGUGGAGGUGUGGCUGACCUGCCUGGAGAGCACCAUGAGAGAGUGUGUCAGGGGCCACCUCACGGAGGCAGUGUCCGUGUAUGACGACAGGUCCAGGGAGCUUUGGGUUUUGGAUUUCCCUGCCCAGGUGGCCCUAACUGGAUCUCAGAUCUGGUGGAGCAAUGAUACAGAACUAGCAUUUCAAAGACUGGAGGAAGGCUUUGAGUCUGCGUUGAAAGACUACAACAAGAAACAAAUUGCCCAGUUAAACUCACUGAUCAGCAUGCUGCUGGGGGAACUCAGCUUAGGAGACAGACAGAAGAUCAUGACCAUUUGCACAAUCGAUGUCCAUGCCAGGGACACUGUAGCCAACCUCAUCGCUCAAAAGGUCACGAACCAGCAGGCUUUCCAGUGGCUCUCUCAGCUGCGACACCGCUGGGAUGAACAUCAGCAUCAGUGCCUCGUACACAUCUGUGACGCUAACUUCCUCUACUCCUACGAGUACCUGGGCAAUGCACCGCGCCUGGUCAUCACCCCCCUCACUGACCGAUGCUAUAUCACCUUGACCCAGUCUCUUCACCUGACCAUGAGCGGAGCCCCAGCGGGUCCAGCCGGAACAGGGAAGACCGAGACCACCAAGGACCUCGGCAAGGCAUUGGGCGUCAUGGUGUACGUCUUCAAUUGCUCUGAACAGAUGGACUACAAGUCGAUAGGAAAUAUCUACAAGGGUCUGGCCCAGACUGGCGCAUGGGGCUGCUUUGACGAGUUCAACCGCAUUGCCGUGGAUGUUCUCUCAGUCGUGGCGGUGCAAGUUAAAACCAUACAGGACGCUGUUCGUAAUAAGAAGAAAAGGUUCCUGUUCCUGGAUGAGGAAAUUGCCUUGAAACCCUCAGUUGGGAUUUUCAUCACGAUGAAUCCCGGCUAUGCAGGCCGGACGGAGCUACCUGAGAACCUUAAGGCUCUUUUCAGACCCUGUGCCAUGGUGGUGCCAGAUGUCGAGCUGAUUUGCGAGAUCAUGUUGGUUGCGGAGGGUUUUCUCAGCGCUAAACUUUUGGCUAAGAAGUUCAUCACCCUCUACACACUCUGCAAUCAGCUGCUGUCUAAGCAGGAGCACUAUGACUGGGGUUUGCGUGCUGUUAAGUCCGUGUUGGUGGUGGCAGGGACGCUGAGAAGAGGAGAAAAGACUCGGCAAGAGGAUCAGGUGUUGAUGCGCGGUCUGAGGGAUUUCAACAUGCCAAAGGUGGUGUCGGAGGACGUGCCUGUCUUCUUUGGCCUGCUGGGAGACCUGUUCCCAGACGUAGAGGUAGAGAGGAAGAGGGAUCCGGAGUUUGAAAAGGCCAUCCGACAGACUACCUCAGAGCUCCGACUACAGCCCGAGGAGACAUUCAUCCUCAAGGUGGUGCAAUUGGAGGAGCUCCUGGCUGUCCGUCAUUCUGUCUUUGUUGUAGGAAAUGCUGGGACUGGAAAGAGCCAGAUAUUGAGAGUUCUCCACAGAACAUACUCCAACUUGAAAAGGAAGCCUGUUUGGAGUGACCUAAACCCAAAGGCGGUCAACAUAGAUGAGUUGUUUGGCUUCAUCCAUCCUGCGACUCGAGAGUGGAAAGAUGGUUUACUGUCAGCGCUGAUGCGAGAGCAGGCGAACAUCUCCCAUCCUGGGCCUAAGUGGAUUGUGUUGGAUGGCGAUAUUGAUCCCAUGUGGAUUGAGUCACUCAACACGGUGAUGGACGACAACAAGGUGCUGACACUGGCCAGUAAUGAACGUGUGCCUCUUUCCUCAACUAUGAGACUCCUGUUUGAGAUUAGUCACUUGAGAACGGCCACACCUGCCACCGUGUCCAGAGCCGGAAUUCUCUAUGUCAAUCAACUGGAUCUGGGAUGGAACCCGUAUGUUGCCAGCUGGAUUGAUUCUCGAGCACGUCAGACAGAAAGAGCCCACCUCACUAUCCUGUUUGACAAAUAUGUUCCUCGCUGCCUGGAACAGAUGAGAGGCACCUUUAAGACCAUCACUCCCAUCCCUGAGUGCUCCAUGGUGCAGACGCUGUGUGCUCUGCUGGACUGUCUGCUAACACCGGAAAAUACUCCACCUGACUCCCCACGUGAGCUGUAUGAGAUGUACUUCACCUUCGCCUGCAUCUGGGCUUUUGGAGGACCUUUGCAUCAAGACCAGCUGUAUGAUUACCAUGUGGAAUUCAGUCAGUGGUGGACUAAAGAAAUGAAAACAGUGAAGCUACCGGCACAGGGAACAGUGUUUGACUACUUCCUGGAUCCUCAGACGAAACGUUUCCUGCCCUGGAUUGACACCGUUGCACCGUUCGAAAUGGCCUCUGACAUGCCGCUACAGUCUAUUCUGGUACACACGGCUGAGACUGUGCAUCUCGGGUACUUCAUGGACUUGUUGCUGGAAAAGGGACAGCCGGUGAUGCUGGUGGGGAACGCUGGUGUGGGCAAGACAGCGCUUGUCAGGGACAAGUUAGGAUGCCUGCCAGAUGGUUAUCUGACUGCUAAAGUGCCCCUCAACUACUACACCACUUCCCUAAGUCUGCAAACGAUCCUGGAGAGAUCUUUGGAGAAGAGAGCAGGCAAGAGCUAUUUCCCCUUAGGCAACCGAAGGCUGGUCUACUUCAUAGACGACAUGAACAUGCCGGCUGUGGACAGUUAUGGCACCGUGCAACCGCACACGCUAAUACGCCAACAUCUGGACUACAAGCACUGGUAUGACAGACAGAAAUUGUGCCUAAAAGAAAUAUACAACACUCAGUAUAUCACCUGUAUGAAUCCAACUGCUGGGAGCUUCAGCAUCAACCCCAGACUUCAGAGACAUUUCUCUGUGUUCACGGUGAACUUCCCAUCAUCUGAGGCACAGACUUCAAUCUACAGUCAGAUCCUGAAUGGCCACCUGAAGCAGCAACCUUUCAGCUCAGCCAUCCAUAAGAUGGCCCCAGCUGUCGUCCAGGCGGCCAUUGCUCUGCAUCACAAGAUGGUUUUCAACUUCCUGCCCACAGCUGUCAGGUUCCACUACAUAUUCAACCUCCGAGACCUCUCCAGCCUCUUCCAGGGUCUUCUCUUUGCGGGACCGGAGACUGUGGGAGAGAGCACAGACCUGGUACUGCUAUGGCUCCAUGAGUCCCGCAGGGUGUAUUCAGAUAGACUGGUGGACACCAAGGACCUGCAGCUCUUCCACAAGCUUCAGAUGGAGACCAUGCAUGAACACAUUGAGGGAGUCGAGGAUAAAGAUGUGACAGAGCAGCCCCUCCUCUAUUGCCACUUUGCCCAGAGGGGUGAGAAUUCCUCCUAUACUCUUAUCAAGGAGUGGUCCAUGCUUAAAGCCAUCCUUACUGAUGCCCUGGAGAGUUACAACGAGCUCAACGCCGCCAUGAACCUUGUGCUGUUUGAAGAUGCCAUGGAACACAUUUGUCGGAUCAGUCGUAUCCUGGAGUCCCCGUGCGGUCAUGGCCUGCUGGCUGGAGUUGGUGGCAGUGGGAAGCAGAGCCUGACACGACUGGCUGCCUACAUUUCCUCCGUGGAAGUCUUCCAAAUCUCCGUGAGGAAAGGGUACAGUGUUCAAGACCUGAAGCUGGAUUUAGCAGGUUUGUUCCUCAAGACUGGACUGAGGAAUCAGCGUGUUGCUUUGCUCCUGACUGAUGCACAGAUACCUGAUGAACAGUCUCUGGUCAUUAUCAAUGACUUGCUGGCAUCAGGUGAAAUUCCUGAAGUCUUCAGUGAGGAGGAGAUAGAGGGGAUUGUGGCCGGGUUGAGGGCUGAGGUCCGAGCCCUCGGUCUGCUGGGCAGUAGGGUGAACUGCUGGAGGUUCUUCACCGACCGAGUACGACUGCAGCUCAAGGUGGUCCUGUGUUUUUCUCCUGUGGGGGACACCCUUCGCCUCAGGGCCCAUCGCUUCCCGGCUCUGGUCCACAGCACCACCAUUGACUGGUUCCACGAGUGGACCGCUGAGGCCUUGCAGUCCGUCAGCUUCAGCUUCAUCCAAGAGAUCGAAGGCAUAGAGCCCGCCGUCCAGGAAUCCAUCAGUCUUUUCAUGGCCCAUGUUCACACCAGUGUCAACCAGGCGAGUGAAAAAUUCCAGCGCAAUGAGAAGAGGUACAAUUACACCACCCCCAAGAGCUUUCUUCAGCAAAUCACCCUGUACAGGAACCUUCUGGGCAAGAGCCAGGCACAGCUCCGCCACAAGAUGGACCGUCUCGACAGAGGCCUUCAGAAGCUGCAGACCACUGCUGCUCAGGUUGCAAACUUAAAAGCCAAGCUGGCCUCCCAGGAAGCCGAGCUGAACGCCAAAAGCCAGAAUACAGAAACACUGAUCACAAAGAUCGGUCUCCAGACGGAAAGGGUCAGUCGCAAGAGAGAGGCGGCUGAUGUGGAGGCUCAGAGGGUCUUUGUCAUUCAGACUGAAGUCUCAACAAAACAGAGGGACUGUGAGAUGGACCUCGCCAAGGCAGAGCCGGUGCUGACGGCCGCCACCGCAGCACUAGACACCCUGAAUAAGGUGAAUUUAACCGAGCUGAAGACAUUCCCCAACCCUCCAGCGGCGGUGAUCAACGUGGUGGCGGCAGUGAUGGUUCUGCUCGCUCCCCGCGGCCGCGUGCCCAAAGAGCGGAGCUGGAAGGCGGCACGGGCCUUCAUGGGCAAGGUGGACGACUUCCUGCAGGCCCUGGUGUCAUACGACAAGGAGCACAUUCCCGAGUCCUGUCUCGGCGUGGUGAAACAGGAAUACCUGAGGAACCCGCAGUUCCACCCUGACCGUGUCAGGACCAAGUCCACAGCUGCAGCUGGACUGUGUGCCUGGACCAUCAACAUUGUCAGAUACCAUGAGGUUUAUUGUGAGGUUGCUCCUAAGCGGCAGGCGUUGCUGCAAGCCAAUACAGAGCUUGAAACUGCAACAGCCAAACUGGUGGCUGUUCAAAAGAAGUUGGGGGAUCUGGAUGCAAAUCUCCGGAACCUCACAGCUCAGUUUGAAAGAGCCACGGCUGAGAAAGUCUGCUGUCAGGAGGAGGUGACCCGCACCAACCACACCAUUGAGCUGGCCAACCGGCUAGUCAAGGGCUUGGAGUCAGAAAAGGAGCGCUGGUCUCGGGCAGUCCUGCAGUAUGAAGAGCAGCAGAAGACACUUUGCGGGGACGUCCUCCUCACCGCAGCUUUUGUCUGUUACAUGGGCUACUUCACCAGACCGUACCGUCUGGAGCUACUCCAUGACACCUGGAUCCCCUUCCUCCAGUCUCAGAAGGUCUCCAUACCCCUGACAGACGGCCUGGACCCGGUCCACCUGCUUACAGAUGAAGCCACCGUGGCUGCCUGGCACAACCAGGGCCUGCCAAACGAUAGGAUGUCCACCGAGAACGCCGCCAUCCUGGCCACCAGCGAGCGUUGGCCGCUCAUUGUUGAUCCGCAGCAGCAGGGCGUCAAGUGGAUUCGAAAGUGGUGUGGGCCGGAGCUGAGGGCAGUGCAGCUGGGCCAGAGAGGGUAUCUGGAUGUGAUCGAGUGGGCCCUAACUUGUGGUGAGACGGUUCUCAUCGAGAAUCUGACGGAGAAGAUGGAUCCAGUGCUGGAACCUCUACUUGGAAGAAACACCAUCAAAAGAGGAAGGUACAUUUGUAUCGGGGAUAAGGAAUGUGAAUACAACGCCAACUUCCGGCUCAUUCUUCACACCAAGAUGGCCAAUCCCCAUUUCCCGCCGGAGCUCCAGGCCCAGACCGCCCUCAUAAACUUCACAGUGACUCCUGUGGGCCUGGAGGAGCAACUGCUGGGACAGGUGGUGACCAGGGAGAGGCCUGAUCUGGAGGCCCUCAAGUUGGAGCUCACGAAACAGCAGAACCACUUCAAGAUCGAGCUCAAGAGUUUGGAGGAUGAACUGCUGAGUCGCCUCUCUGCAGCUGAGGGAAACUUCCUGGGCGACAUUUCCCUGGUGGAACAACUUGAGGGCACCAAAACCACAGCGGCUCAUAUUCAUCGCAAGGUGGUGGAGGCCAUUGAGAACGAGACAGAGAUCAACGAGGCUCGGGAUCUUUACCGCCCCGCAGCUGAGAGAGCGUCACUCCUCUACUUCAUCAUCGAUGAUCUCAGCAAGAUUAACCCCAUCUACCAGUUUUCCCUCAAGACCUUCACCGCGGUGUUUAACAAAGCCAUGAAGCGAGCAGAGUGGGACGAGGAUGUGAGGGCCAGAGUGCUCCUCCUCAUGGAGGCCAUCACUUACUCAGUAUUCUUGUACGUCAGCCAGGGCCUGUUUGAGAGAGACAAGUUAACCUUCUUGUCACACAUUGCCUUCCAGAUUCUCCUGAAACAGGACUUGAUUGAUGCUCAGGAACUCACCUUCUUGCUGCAUUUUCCUGUGGAGCCUUGCAAAGUUUGCCCCAUGCCCUUCCUCUCUCCACAAGCUUGGGGGGCCAUUAAGACAAUUUCUGGGUCGGAGCAUUUCAGUGGACUGGACCGAGACGUGGAGAGCUCACCCAAACACUGGAGGAAACUAAUUGAAUCGAAGUGCCCUGAAAUCGAGAGGCUUCCCCAGGACUGGAAGAAUACGAGCUCUCUGCAAAAGCUUAUCAUCCUGAGAGCUGUCCGCCCGGAUCGCAUGGCCUAUGCACUUAGGAACUUUGUGGAAGAGAGCAUGGGGGCGAGAUAUGUGGAGGCUGCAGGGUUGGAAUUAGAGAAGUCGUUUGAAGACAGUGGGCCUUCGACACCCAUGUUCUUCAUACUCUCACCUGGAGUAGACCCCCUAAAAGAUGUUGAGAAACUAGGGCUGAGGAUGAGCUUCUCCAUUGACCAAGGCACAAUGCACAACGUGUCCCUCGGCCAGGGGCAAGAGGAGACAGCCAAGAGGCUUUUGAGGAGCGCCUCUCAGCUUGGACACUGGGUAUUUCUGCAGAACAUUCAUCUGGUAGCUCGCUGGCUUCCCUCUCUGGAGCUUCUUCUGGAGAUGACUGCGGUGGACAGUCAUCCAAACUUCCGGGUGUUCAUCAGUGGCGAACCGGCACCAAACCCAAACCAGCAUUUUAUUCCCAGAGGCAUACUGGAGAAUUCCAUUAAAAUCACCAACGAGCCCCCUGCUGGCAUGAAUGCCAGUCUGCACGCAGCCCUCGACAACUUCAGUCAGGACACCCUCGAGAUGUGUUCAAGGGAGCAGGAGUUCAAUGCUGUCUUCUUCUCCCUGUGUUAUUUUCAUGCCUGUGUCACUGAACGCCGUAAGUUUGGUCCCCAGGGCUGGAACUGCAGCUAUCCCUUCAACACUGGAGACCUCACCAUCUCUGUCAAUGUCUUGUACAACUACUUGGAGGCCAACUCCAAGGUUCCUUGGGAGGAUUUGUGGUUCCUUUUUGGAGAGAUUAUGUAUGGAGGGCACAUCACUGAUGACUGGGACAGGAGACUUUGUCGAACCUACCUGCUAGAAUAUAUGCAGCCGAGAAUGUUUGAAGGGGAGUUAUAUCUGUGUCCCGACUUUCCGGUCCCUCCGUUCAUGGAUUACGGUGGUUACCACAGUUAUGUGGAUGACCACCUCCCUCCCGAGAACCCUGCCCUGUACGGCCUGCAUGCUAACGCCGAGCUGGGCUUCCUCACUGUCGCCUCUGAUGACCUCUUCAGGUCCCUGCUGGACCUGCAGCCCCACAGCGCCUCCAGGGGAGAGAGGGCAUCCUGCAGCACAGAGGAGAAGGUCAAAGUCAUCCUUUUGGAUAUCCUGGAGAAACUCCCUGAGGAGUACAACAUGGCCGACAUAACUGCAAAGACAGUAGAUCGCAGCCCGUACAUCCUCGUCUGCUUCCAGGAGUGCGAGCGCAUGAACGCCUUGCUUGCAGAAAUAAAACGCUCCCUAAAGGAGCUGGAUCUGGGCCUGAAGGGAGAACUCACCAUCUCUCCCAACAUGGAGGCCCUGCAAAUGGCUCUCUUCACUGACUGCGUUCCAGACUCCUGGAGCAGACUGGCUUAUCCCUCCUCUAAGACACUCACUCACUGGUUUACUGAUCUUAUGAGUAGCUGUUGUGAGUUGGACAGCUGGACCCAAGACCUUGUUCUGCCCGCGGUUGUCUGGCUUUCUGGGUUUUUCAACCCUCAAUCCUUCCUCACCGCUAUUAAGCAAAGUAUUGCCCGUAAGAAUCGAUGGCCACUGGACAAGAUGACUUUAACUGUGGAUGUAACCAAGAAGAAUAAAGAGGACUACGGCCAUCCGCCUCGAGAGGGUGCCUAUGUCCAUGGACUUUUCAUGGAGGGAGCACGCUGGGACACCAAGAGCGGCGUCAUCACAGAGGCCAUUCUGAGGGAGCUGACGCCGGCCAUACCUGUCCUGUACAUCAGGGCUGUGCCCGUUGAGCAGCAGGAGCUGAGAAACACCUACGAGUGUCCGGUGUACCGCACAAAACUCCGUGGACCCACCUUCAUCUGGAGCCUCCGUCUCAAAACCAAGCAGCCGCCAGCCAAGUGGAUUAUAGCCGGGGUGGCGUUACUGCUGUCUGUAUAA